GAUGCGCUGCCCAUCGGGGCCGGUCGCGGCCCCCGAUGGGAUGUAGCGGGCGGCUGCUGGGACCCGUCGGGGGCCGCCGCGCCUCGCUGCUCCUCACCAUGAUCCUCUUCUUCACCUACUUCUUCUACUGCCUACCGGGGCCCUGCGAGCCGCUGCCUCCGGCUCUGCUGCUGCCGCCGCCCGCAGCGCUCCCCGACGGCGCUGGGCUGGGGGCUGCGGGCGGCGGCAGCCGACGGUUCCCCCAGGCCAUCAUCGUGGGGGUGAAGAAGGGAGGGACGCGGGCGCUGCUGGAGUUCCUGCGGGCGCACCCCGGGGUGCGGGCGGUGGGUGCGGAGCCCCACUUCUUCGACAGGUGCUACGAGAAGGGGCUGCGCUGGUACAGGAGCCUGAUGCCACGCACACUGGAGGGGCAGAUCACCAUGGAGAAGACCCCCAGCUACUUCGUCACCAAGGAGGCUCCUCGGCGCAUCUACAACAUGUCCCGGGACACGAAGCUGAUCGUGGUGGUGCGGAACCCGGUCACCCGCGCCAUCUCGGACUACACACAGACCCUGUCCAAAAACCCCACCAUCCCCAGCUUCCAGGCCCUGGCCUUCAAAAACAUCAGCACGGGACUGAUCGACACCAGCUGGAGCGCGGUGAGGAUUGGGAUCUACGCCAAGCACCUGGAUAACUGGCUCCAGUACUUCCCCCUCUCCAAGUUCCUCUUUGUCAGUGGGGAGAGGCUUGUCAGUGACCCCGCUGGGGAGAUGGGCCGUGUCCAGGACUUCCUGGGUCUCAAGAGGGUGGUGACAGACAAACACUUCUAUUUUAAUGAGACCAAGGGGUUUCCUUGCCUGAAGAAGCCGGAGGGCAGCAGCAAGCCUCGCUGCCUGGGCAAAUCCAAGGGGCGACCGCAUCCCAAAAUAGACCUGCAGGUGGUCCAGCGCCUGCGGGAGUUUUACAGACCCUUCAACAUGAAGUUCUAUCAGAUGACAGGGCAGGACUUUGGCUGGGACUGAGCCAUCCAUAGGGCAGGAUGCUGUGGUGGGACCUGAUCUGCCCAGCAGUGUGGGGAGCCAGGACAGAGGGCCAGGGAUGCUUGUGGCUUCCUUGGUCCAGGGAUGCUCGCAGCUGCUGUGGUCCAGGGAUGCUUGUGGCCACUGUGG